AUGUCCCUAAAACGAAACCGCAACUCUGCCUUUACCUACGAAGAGCUUCCGCUAGAAUCUAAGUCUCCACAUCCCACUACUCGCAUGAUACGCCUUCUGCCGAAUGAGAACAAAUAUGCAGAAAUAGAAUGCAAACUCUUCAUCUAUGACUUAAUGUCAGACAGCGGCGCGGAUUCGCACCUCUACGAGGCACUUUCCUACGUAUGGGGAAGUAACAUGAGAUCUCGAACCAUAAAAGUGAACAAUUGUGAGUUUCCCGUGACCGAGAACCUCUAUCUUGCGCUGUUACGUCUCCGGAAUCGGCAGCUUGAGAGAAUACUGUGGGUUGAUGCUAUAUGCAUCAACCAGGAUGAUCUGGACGAGAAGUCCGAGCAGAUCCCACUGAUGCGGACUAUAUAUGCACAAGCCCAACAUGUCACUGUUUGGCUUGGAGAGGCUUAUGAGGAUGGCGACAAAGCGCUUGAGAAACUUCAGUCCCUGGCAGAAGGACAAGAUAUAGAUAUUGAGGGGUGCGAAAAACUAUGUAUGGAUUUGUUUCGAAGAGCUUGGUUUCGCCGUAUCUGGGUGCUUCAGGAGGUUGGUGUUGCACGAUUCAUUUAUAUUAUGUGUGGCUCUGUUCAGAUAAAUGGACACGCCUUGUGGGAAGGCCUCAAGGGAUUCGGUCUUCCUUCAAAGUAUCAAGAAAUGAUAGGCCCAGUCGCAUUUCUUAUCAAGGGGGCGCUUCUUCGACCGAAGUAUGAGCCUGGGUCACGAGGGACUCUUACUAUUGGGGAGCUUGUUGGCAUGUACUGCUACCACGAUGCUACCGAGCAGCAUGAUAAAAUUUACGCACUUUUAGGUUUAAGUGCUGACCCUAUAACACCCGAUCUUACGCCAAACUAUGCCCUACCCUGGAACAAGGUGUUCCAGCAAGUUACCAACCACAUUUUCCCAGAAUGUUCUGUGGAAACUUGGCCUGGAUCAGACUUAGCCAUUAUCAGAGGCAAAGGUUGGGCUCUAGGCCAUAUUUGCUCUGUACGACACGUAUCAGACUUCGGCCAGCAAAAAGUGAGAGUGUACUUGAAUGACACUGCCCGUUCAAUGGGUUAUGAGAGCGAAUGGGACGUUGAUUGGGAACUCCAAACUUUUGCACGAUUCUUUAGCCCUGGUGAUAUUGUUUUUCUUCUGCAAGGGGCUUCGAGGCCAAGUAUUAUUAGGCUUUGCAAAGACCAUUUCAGGAUAAUCACACCUGCUGUGACCAUUUGCAAAAGACGCCAUGAAGAGUCUUCGGAAGAAACAGCCAAGGGAUGGAAUACGCCGGGCAGAUCUUCUGAUAUCCUACUGGCGUGGAGAUUUCCGCUAAACGAUGAUACUGGGUUUCAGUAUUGGCCUGAAAGAGAGCUCCUCGAGAUGGCCCCGGGCUACCAAGAACAGUAUUCGGAGGCAGAAAAUAGACGAAACAUUAUUACCCAGAUCAUGACAGGUAUUGUCAUAGAAGCAUUAGCCUUGGAGAAGUCGGAAGAUGAUGAUAUAGCGCUCUUGCUCGGUUCGAGUGGUACAGAUAUUCCAAUUGCUUCGAAGUUGGCCAAAGCUUCUGCACAGGACAUCUGGCAUUCUUCGGACAGGAUCUCGCAGGAUUUCUUCCAGAGUGAGCAAGGUGGUCUGUUAAUCUCAGAAGGAAUGCUCAAAGUAGUGGCAGAGAAUAAUGGACCGUGUGGUUAUAUAAUCAUGGAGCUCCUUUUCCAACUUCAGGGGGCCAGUCUUCCCAUCUCUGAAGAACUCUUCGAGGCAGCAGCAAGAAAUUCUGGCGAGUACGGACAUCAGGUCAUGGUGACUCUCUAUCGCCAUCGUGCAGAAUCCUUUCCAAUCUCCGAAGAGAUCGUCAAAGCAGCGGCAGGAAAUACAGGAAAAGGGGGAGCUAAGAUAUUGAAGACCCUCUUCAAAGCACAAGGGAAAGCUAUUCCAAUCUCUGAAGAAGUGAUCAAAGUGGCAGCAGGAAAUACAGGGAUCUGUGGACCCGAGAUUUUCAAACUCAUCGUCCAGCAUCGAGGCAAAGAUCUUCUGGUCUCAGAUGAAGUGUACAAGACAGCAAUGGCGAAUGCUGAAAGGGGAUAUGAACAUAUAAAAUACCUCUUUAAAUAUUGGGAGAAAACGGUUCCAAUCUCCGAGGAACUUGUUAAGGCAGCAGCAGGAACUAAGGUCUGGGGAGAGGAAAGCCUUCCAAUCUCUGAAGAUGUAGUUGAGGCAGCAGCAGGGAAUGAGUUUGAUGGAGAUAGAAUCCUGAAAUUACUCUCUCAGCACGCAGAUAAAAGGCUUCCGAUCUCCGAGGAAGUGAUGAAGGCAGCGGCAGGAAGUUUCUCUGGAUCUAACGUACUAGAAUUUCUCUCUCAGCAUGCAGAUCAAAGGCUUCCGAUCUCUGAGGAAGUGAUCGAGACAGCGGCAGGAAGUUGCUCUGGAUACAAGAAAUUGGAGUUACUCUAUCAGCAUGCAGACGAAAGCCUCCCAAUAUCUGAAGAAGUUGUAAAAGCAGCAGCAGGGAAUGAGGACUCUGGAAAUAAAAUACUGGAGUUACUCUAUCAGCAUGCAGACGGAAACCUUUCAAUAUCUGAGGAAGCUGUAAAGGUAGCAGCAGGAAAUAAGGACUCUGGAUAUAAGAUAUUGGAGUUACUCUAUCAGCAUGCAGACGGAAGCCUUCCAAUAUCUGAGGAAGUUGUAAAGGCAGCAGCAGGAAAUGCGUACUCUGGUGAUAGGAUUAUGGAGUUACUAUUCCAACAAGAAGGAGAAAGACUUCCAGUGACUGAAGAAGUGGUCAAGACAGCAGCAGGGAACGUGUAUCUGGGAGUUAGAAUAAUGGAAUAUCUCCUGCAACAGAAAGGGAGAAGCGGACUUCCAGUGACUGAGGAAGUACUUAAAGCAGCAGCGACGAAUGCCAAAUGCGGAGAAAAGAUUAUGGAUAUCUUGUACGAGAAAAGGAACUUUCGAAUGACAGUUUUUGAAAGUUCAGAGAGUUCAGAGAGUUCAGAAAGAUCGGAAAGUUCGCUGUCAUCGGAUGGAUCUGACGAAGGAGACUAG